CGGAUUUGGAAGUUUUUUAGUCAUUAAAUCAAUUUAAAAACCGACUAACGAUUAAAAAGUGAACAGCUAUAAAAAUUAUAGUGAAAUGUGAAUUAAAUUCGACAGAAAAGUGCUAACGUAUUUAUUUAUUACGCGGUUAAAAUCGGUCGAAUAAAAUAAACGAAGUGCGAGUUUUAAAGAGUUUCUCGACUAUGUUUAAAAUCGUGUUUAUUACAUAUUGUAAUAGUGAUAACAAAUUCAAGCAAUAUCUUAAAAGAUGUGACAAUACAAAUUUUAUAAACUUUUAAUUCAAAAAUGGCCUAUAUAACAAACACGUUAACAAUAAUAAUAACGUUAGUGUUUUGUGCGAAGCAAACCAUACCAAAUGGUUACGACUACAGUUACAAUCCAUUUAUCACGGAAUACACGAGAAACAUUUCUCUCAAGCAAGGUGUUCUGCAAGGAUUUGUCGUUGAGCCACAAAUUGGAAGAGACCAGCGGUAUAGGGUUGGCGUGUUUAGAGGUAUUCCCUAUGCUGCCCCGCCUGUUGGUGGACUACGGUUCAUGCCAACAGUGGGAGCUCCCUCAUGGUUCGGUGUCAAAUAUGCCGAUAAGUUCGCUCCGGUUUGCCCGCAAAAGUUCCCUGAUGAAAAGAAGAUGCCUCCUUACAAAAGAGAGCAAUUUUUAAGAUUAAAAGAAUAUUUGGUCAACCAAAGCGAGGACUGCUUGUAUUUGAACAUAUAUACUCCAUUAUCAGACGAUGUAUUUAACACUAGAAAGUAUCCAGUGAUGGUCUUCAUAAGCGGCGAAUCCUUCGAAUGGAACUCGGGCAAUCCUUAUGAUGGCAGCGUUCUCGCGGCUUAUGGAAACGUGAUAGUGGUAACAAUAAAUUUCCGGCUAGGAAUCUUAGGUUUUUUGAAAGCUGGAACUGAAGAAAUGUCGAAAAGUAAUUUUGGAUUAGUGGAUCAAAUUGCUUCUCUAGUAUGGAUAAAAGAUAACAUAGCCGCCUUUGGAGGAGACAGUAAUUCAGUGACUCUGUUUGGUCAUGGUACUGGUGCAGUUUGUGCCAGUCUUUUAAUGAUCAGUCCUAUGGUUCUAAAAGGGAAUGACAGGUUAUUUCAUCGAGCGAUCCUGAUGGGCGGGACAGCGCUGGCUGAUUGGGCAUUAGCCGGCAAUCCAGGCGAAGUAACAUAUCAAGUUGCAAAAGCGCUCAACUGUCAAAUACACGACGAUUUCGCAGAAUGCUUGAGAAGGAAGAGGCUCGACGAAAUCAUGGCUGCAGGUGCAAUCACGCCCGACUACAAGACCCGCUUUGGCCCCGUAGUGGAUUCUCUAGUCGUGCCUAAUGACCCGAAGAAAUCUAUGACACAAUAUAAUGAUAUAUUUCGAAGAUUCGAACUAAUGUACGGAGUCACCGAAAUGGAGAGCAUCAACCUAUUGGACCCUCUGACUUUCAGCCAAGGGAUGCUGUUAAAAGAGCGUGAUAAAGAGUUGCGCACGUAUUUCCGGACGCGAUGCGAGAUGAAGCCGGAACUGUGCUUGCAGCGCACCCUUGACGAGUACAGUCAUGGCGAUAUUUUACAGAACAACGUCCAGAAGAAAGACGGUGUUUAUGAUUACAGCGGUUACGAGCCUGAUCAGGCCUCUUUGGCUAGAGAUACGUUGCUGGAUAUCUUAUCUGACGCCCGGUCCGUGGCACCGAUGGUCCAAAUGGCGAAGUAUCACGCCGCUGUUAACAUGCAGUCGUACUUUUACGUGUUCAAACAUAAAACGGAAUCUAGGGAUUAUAUAAGAGAAAAGAGUUACAGCGGCGAAGAGCUGCCGUACGUAUUCGGGGUACCUCUGGGCGGGCCGAAGUUUCAUUUCGUCGACUCUUACAAGGAGCAAGAACGUCUGUUCUCAGAAAUAGUUAUGAUGUAUUUCUCCAACUUCGCGGAAACAGGGAACCCCAACGUCCCUCGAAGGGAGCGCUACAAUACCAUGAGUCCUGCGUAUUGGCCCCAGUUUGACGUGGAAUGGCCGGAAUUUGAUCUUAAAGAAGAAAGAUACUUGGAAUUAGACAUUCCACCGCAGCCUGGUCAGCAUUACCGUGCGUCUAAAGUGAAAUAUUGGAAUGAAAUAUUUCCUACAAUAACGGAGAAUUUCACGUUCGGUGCAGCACAUCCGACUAAGUCGCCCAUACACCGUACUCCACCACCAUGGUUAUACAACAAUCUACCCAACACACCCACCGCGAAUCCAAAAAAUAUAUACGAAAAUUUCCGAAAACCAUUGAAACACUCACCCUCUGUGUUCGGAACUGUCGUUACGAGCGGCAACAGACCAGAUAAUAUCGAGGAAAAUAUUUAUGGGAAAGUCAUUGAAUCUUUUCCCGAAGAAGUAAAACAAAGUUCGACCAUGAAUAUCGUAGCAGUAGCGGGCGGAUUGUUCCUUUUGGCGAAUGUAGUUUUAUUGAUUAUUGUGUAUUAUAAAUGCAAAAAGAAGAGGAAGAAUUUAACGACUCCGCCAGCAGCUGAAGAUAAAAAAUUUCGUGCCGAUACCGACGAUUACAUGUUGAAUGGUUGCAACAUUGUUCGCAUGAUAAAUAAAUCAUCGGUGAAUGAUGACACUUACGAAGCCGUUAGCCCGGACACAAGCCCAAAGUAUAAACUCACAAGACAAAUGUCUGGCAGCACGAUAGACGCGCAUACAAAAGUUAGAGAAUGGAUAACACAGGAGAUUAUUCAAAAAUACAGCCCGCGUAUUCUUAGAAAAAACCGGAAAGACGAGUCGGAUAAUCGGCACUCAAUAGUACAUAAUAAGAGUUUAUUACCACAAGAAAUUGAUAUUCCUAAAGAAACUGCAAUGAAAACUUCCACCAUAACAAGACCGAAAAUUCCGAAAGUAUCGGUAGGUAUAGAUGCUACGCCGUCAGGACGAGGACAAAGCGUUCUCAGACAAGAGCCCAUUGAAAUAAUGAAGUCGUUUGAUUACUCGUAUAUCGACAAUGAAGCAAAACCUUCCCUAAGAAGAUCAAUAACAUUAGAUGAUGUCUCACCAAUGGAGUCACCCGAAUACCAUAACGAACCUACAUUAAUCAAAAUAGAACACAAGCAUUCUAACUCCGAUCCUGUACAGGAUGUAAUAUACUCCCAAAUAAAAAAACUAAAAACAUUUAAUCCCGAAGGAGACGACAUUAAUGUUACUUCCAGAGAAGAUAACAACGCUGCUUCUCCGCUCUCCCCUGAAGAAUCAUUAGAUAUGAUCAGAAGAAGGAAAUUUCCUAAAGUUUUGCCCGAUUACCCUGAUAGACUGAUCAACAAUCGGAGAUCAAUGCCUGUGUGCGCAUUGAUUAAUAGUCAAGAUCCAUAUCAAUUGAGCAAUUUUAGCCGGGUUCCUCCUGCACCUCCACCGAGAUCGGCAACUCUUACAAAACAAUCCAGCGAACCGCAGGAUAUUUUCAAUGCCGAAUCAAGUUGCAGGGAAAACGAACAGGAAUCUGCCAUUAAAUGCAGUACUUUGUUUGUGGGACCAAUCCUGCCUAAGAACAAACCUGCUACAAAAACAACAGACGAUGUCGAAUCCAAAAAACCAGUUGCAAAAAUAUCGGAUGAUCUUGGCAAGGAAAUGAAAAAAAACAAACCUGUUAUUAGUCCGAAAGUUGUCAUUAAACCGACGUUGUCAAAGAAACCAUCCGAAGAGAAAAUUAAUAAGACUAUUCCAAGAGUUGUUGUACCCGACAAUCAACCGUACCAACAAUCUCUCUCAUCAAAAGAUGCUAGAUUUGAUGUAAAAUCGGAUCAAAAAGACACUAAUAAGGACGAAACUAAACCAGAUCAAAAAGAAUAUAAGGAAGUAAUAGAGAAGGCGGACGUACAGAUCGAUGCCACAGAUAAACCAGUUAACAAGAACGUUAAGAAAUCACAAAUACCCAUGCUGAUAAGAACUCCAAGCAUGAAUAAAGAAUCCUUCAGUACGGAAUCAACUCCCACUUCGGAAGAAUCAGAUACUGGUACGGUCGUAAAAAAAAUUUAAAAAACAUCCCCGUCUUUU